AUGACAGACAACAAGACUUUGGAGAAUACCAAGCAAACGCUGGUGCAACGCUUUAGAGCGUGGGGUGAAAAUUCAUUCCCGCCAACUCUCCUUGCCUCCCUCAUCUUCGCACAGCAUGCGCGACCAUUCCAAUUCUUUCCUAUGAUCUUCCCACCUGUCCUCCUCCUCACCAGCUAUGCGAACCUCCAGGGCUACAAGAAGGAUACCGCCGGUAUUAGCGCAGCAUGGUCAGGAUUAUAUCUGCUUCUUGCUAGCCGGCGCCGGCAGCCUAUGAUGAAGAAGUUCGGAGUUCGCGGAGUUGUGCGUGGUGGAACAAUGGCCUUGUGCCUGGUCAAUAUGGUUGGAGGCGGGCUUGCAUACACCCUUGGCAAGCGGGAGGAGGAAAACUGA